AAGAGAGAAGCUGACAACUGACAUCCAGAAGGAAAGGUUAUGGCUCAUUGCGUUUUGACUCCCACCCCUAUUCAGUUCCGUUCCCACAGAACUGGAUUUCUUCGAUGCUUCACUGAAUCACCUCUCAAGUUUCCUCUGCAUACUCCCGCUAUUCGCCGUCGUUUUACCACUCCCGGAAUCUUUUGUAGCUACGAUGAUUCCGAUCGAAACAACCGGCCACAGUCCACUUCUGUUCAGCUCUACCGCGACAUCGAGAGAUUACUUACUGACACUAUAAGGCAAUCGCAAGGUGCUUGGGGUGGUUCGGGCGAUUGGAGUCAAGUCGAGGGAUCAUGGGUUCUCAAACCGAAAGGCUCUAAACCUAGAGCAGUUGUUCAUUUUGUUGGUGGUAUAUUUGUUGGAGCCGCUCCUCAGCUUACCUAUCGUUUGUUUCUGGAGCGUCUUGCUGAAAAGGGUGUUUUGGUAAUUGCAACACCGUAUGCUAGUGGGUUUGAUUACUUCUUCAUUGCGGAUGAAGUCCAGUUCAAAUUUGAUAGGUGUUUACGGUUUCUACAAGAAACAGUGCAUGAUGUUCCUACAUUUGGUAUUGGCCAUUCUUUGGGUUCUGUCAUCCACCUUUUGAUUGGUUCAAGAUAUGCCGUGCCAAGAAGUGGCAAUGUAUUAAUGGCAUUCAACAACAAGGAAGCAAGCGUAGCUAUCCCAUUGUUCUCACCUGUUCUUGUGCCGAUGGCCCAAAGCUUCGGACCCUUUCUAUCACAAAUUGCAUCAACACCCACAAUUCGCAUGGGGGCUGAGAUGACACUAAAGCAAUUAGAGAGCCUUAGUCCUCCCAUUAUGAAGCAGGUUCUUCCAUUAGUUGAGCAACUUCCUCCCUUGUACAUGGACUUGGUCAAUGGAAGAGAAGAUUUUUCUCCAAAACCAGAAGAAACUCGACGACUUAUAAAGUCGUACUAUGGCAUUUCAAGGAAUCUUCUAAUAAAGUUCAAGGAUGAUACAAUAGAUGAAACUUCAAACUUGGCUCAGGUGCUAAGUUUAGAGUCAGCCAUCAGCUCAAUGCUAGACAUGUCAAUUCGAUCAUUGCCAGGAGAUCACGGGCUUCCUCUACAACAAGCUCUACCAGAUGUUCCACCUGCAAUGGCAGAUGCAGUGAAUCGUGGAAGUGAGCUUUUGGCAAAUCUGAGUGCAGGAACACCAUGGGAGACUGUUGCCAAAGAGGUCAGCAAUACAUUAGGUGUGGAUGCACCUGUUCUUCGUGCAGGAAUAUCAAAGGACGUAAACAAUCUUGUGGAUGUGAUCACAUCCUGGAUGGCUUCAAAUUCAGGUGCAAAACUCUUAAACCCCUGAUUGAUGAGUAAAAUGAAAUAGGUUGAAUUAUGAACCAAGUCUAUGUAAAUAGGUUAAAUUGUGAAUUAAAUCCAUUUACUACGUGAAAGGAAUGUUGUAUCUGGUACCUCUGCUAUUGUUUGUAGGAUUUAUCCUUUUUACCACAAGAAAGCUGAAUUUCACUAAAAACAAAUCAGUCAUGCAAAACCAACAAACUGUGUCAGAUAGGCAAAUGAAAUCAAACGGGAACUUGUAUCCUU